AUGACAGAACGGGGCAUAAGGGCGCCGCGUCCCUGGAAUACACGGCUGUAUCAUAGCAACCUCAGCAUCCCAAAGUCACUUACUCAGUAUGACUUUGUCUCUUCAACGAAGAAGAGUUCCUCAAUGGACGCUCUCCAUCGUUUGAAAACUACAUUUCCGGCGCAACGGCAAAGGAGAGAACGACACCGGAAGGAAGUGGUAAAACAAGACGACGGUACCCGACUUCCGCUUAUUUUACCAAAACUGGAACCGGAUGUAGAUAUAGAUCUAGAUGUGACAGCAAGAGAUGCAAGUGCUAAGGUAAAUGAAGUGUCACCGUCAGAUAAAAGUGAGGACGACCACAUGAGUUACGAUGAAGAAGCCGCUAACGAUGCGGACAGUGAGGCGUCGGACGAUUAUUUCAACUUUGACGACGACACGGCCACUGCUAGGUCAAAACUGGAAAAAAUCGGCGAGUUCGAAAUGGAACAUAAUUGGUUACUACAGGAAGAUUUACAACGAAAACGCGACGAGUUUAAUUCACAAUCCAAAAAGUUGCGUGUUUCUCUUCCAGAGGAGGACCCGGUGGAAAUGAUGGAGAACCGGAUGGAGGAGGUCCGCUCAAUGAUGAGACCGAAGGCAGAGCUGGGUCAUUUCCUGGAUAAAAUUGAUCCGGUGCAAAGGGAGAAAAUCAUGAAAAUAGCCAAAAUGGAUGUAGGGGUUAUAAAGAAGCAGCGCUUUACUCGAGGAAUGAAGGCGAUUGAGAAAUUUAAACAUGCUGUGGAAUUGGUGCUGAUUCUGGCGAGAGCCUGUAUCUCCAGGCGCAAGUACUAUAAGGAGGUCAAACCUGAUACAGCCCUUGCUGUCAAACGCCUGAGACAGAAGGGUAACAGAGAGAAUAAAGAUACCUCCCGGUCUAGUCUUGCGUUUGAUAUGCAAUUAGCAUUUUCAACGGAACCCAACUACCGAAGUAAAAGUGAUAUUAAAAAGAUUAUUUGGGUUUUAAGAGCAACGAAGGCAUUUAAACAAUUGUUCCCGGUGGAAGUGGAGGCAGACGUAGCGAGAUGUGUGGCGUAUGAGAGGUAUGAUUCCAACAGGAUCAUAGCGUUACAGGAACGAGAUCCAGAAAGAUUUUAUUAUAUCCUCACGGGUAAAGUGCAAAAAGUACAAGAGUAUCGCCUGAGUUCUGGUCUAGUAACCAGGUCAGAGGGUUACAUCGAGAAGGGCACAACAACUGAUGCGCAAGAACUGGAGAUGUCUUGGCAGAGGGAACACCACCUGGUGUCGCGUGGACAGGUGGAGGUUCUCAUCAUACACAGAGAUGACUUUUUACGAUUACGAAACAGAACGUUAGGGCCUCCGAUAGACUUUUUAAGAAAAUUAGAUUUAUUUUUGGAAUUUCCAUGUGAAGUAUUCAAGACAAAUCCAGACUCAAUACAUUUAAAAUACUAUGGCCAGGACGUGACAAUUGUUGAAGAUACUAAUAGAACACCAUGGAUCCACAUUGUAAAAUCGGGACGGGUAAGGGUAGUCAGAAUACAGAGUGUCAUCGAUGUAGAGACUGACCGGAAGUUCAUGUCACAGAGCAUGGAGGAACUAGGGUGUGGUCGGUCUUUUAGCCACGCUCAAGCGAUGAUUGGCAGUCUGAUGUCGCAAAGGAAAAUGAAGGCCCUCAGCGGCAGCAAUUUGUCACUCCCAGAGAUCAACACCAAUGAAGUCUCCAACCCGUUCAUGUCAAGUAUAGGUUUUAGUAGCAGUUGUAGUAAUUCGUUCAGCAGAAAGAACAGCACCUUUGCUGAAGGCAUUGGUAUACUCUCCAACGUAAGCGGUUACAUGAUAACCAAACGUCACAAGCCAAGUGUUUCCUCAGUUCCUCUGCAUGCGCCAAUGGAACAGGAAGAGAUGAAAACCGAGAACUUUGAGAGUGAGGCUUCAGAGAGACAGCAAUCAAGCAAAAGGAAGGCGAAAUACGUCAAACCUCCCAUAGUAGUUGAACAAGGGGUAGACAAUCCAUCAAGCGGUAGAGGAUCACGUGCGGACAUCAUGCUAGAUACAGAGCUUCCAGACAUACAGAUUACUAACGGACAUGAUUCUCCUACCAAAAAGCAUGAUAAGAGAACAUCGUUUCCACCUAUAGUGAAUUCAGCAGAGCGCCCUCUUACAAAUGGUGAGCUCCAUCCACAUGGGACUUACCUAACAAGGGAGAUGACCGAGUUUGACCCCGUAUAUGCAAGAAAGGCAACGAAGGAGAUCAAACUUCGCCCAGCUUACCUACAGUUGGAUGUGCUGAAUCCUGGCGAUAUUUUUGGUUUGGACGCUAUUUCUAAGAAAUUCCACAGUCAGCUUAGACGGCCAGGUGAGCAGGGACUAGAACAUCUACAACCACCUACCGCCUCGGAGGCUAAGGGAGUCAUACUGGUUAGUGGUGGUGCUGAAGUGAUAGAGAUCAGUAAAAGAUUUUUCUUGGAGCAUGCGCAAAACAACACGAUGCUGCGUGUAGAGACGAUGCAACGAGAAUACAUGAACAAUGACGAAGCUAAAGAUAUCCUCUACACAAAGGAGACAUGGGAUCAAUACAAAAGUGUACUCAUGCGAAGACUUGUGCGGAAAAAGACAAAACCUACAAAGAAAUCUUGA